AUGCCGCCGAAGCCGAAGGCGCCGCUGACAGGUCGAGAGCAGGUGCUGCAGAAUAGGGCAGACUUCGACCAUGCCCGAUUCCAGAUACUCCUCAACGAGAACAGGGUAUUCAGGCAGCAGGUCCAGCGCACAGCCCAUAACAUGAUUCGACAAGCUGGACGCUUGCUUCGCGGGGUGGUCGUCGCGAAGGCGGCGGAAAAGACCGCUGCGAAGACCGCUGCGAAGGCCAAGGCGAUGAGGUGGCUGGCCCAGGCUACGAAGGCGAAGGCGGCGGCAAAGGCCUAUCCGAUUG